AUGGCUGCUAAAUUCACUGAUGAACCACAACAUGUUCUUCGAUUCUCUGAUUUUACUUUGCAACCAAGCCGAAUGCUUCCACCUAUCCUGGGCUAUGAGAAAGAGCCUCUUGUUUCUCUGGAAGAAGCUACUGACCCUCUCAUUUUAAUUGUUCCUGAAAUUGAACGCAUGGUCUGGACAGUAAAACAAAGGAAUUUCGAUGGAGAACAUGGUUUAACUGAUGAUGAAGCAGCUGCGAUCACACUUUACACAAUGGAAUGGGAACCAACAGAUAACUCGUUUUAUGUUAUUCUUAACAAGACUUUGGAAGCAGCUAACCGAAAGUUAUUGAAGCCGUGGUUUCUUUAUCUUCGCCUUAUUAUGACAUCGUUAGCCAAACUUCCAUCGGAUUCUAAUCGUCUUACGGUGUAUCGUGGGGUCAAACUUGAUUUAAGUGCACAAUAUCCGAAAGGAAAUACAGUCACUUGGUGGGGCUUUUCAUCUUGCACAGCAUCUGUCGAUGUUUUAAGCAAUGAGCAAUUUCUAGGUCAAAGUGGAACAAGAACAUUAUUUAACAUUGACUGUUCUUCUGCCAAAACUAUUAAAGAAUAUUCACUUUUUCCCGAAGAAGAAGAAGUGCUACUUCCUGCAGCUCGCCAAUUUCAAGUGAUAGCUUCCCUAAAUUCCGGUAAUGGCCUUCAUAUUAUACAACUCAAAGAAAUCCAACCCAAAUUUCCACUCAUCAAUCCUGUACCACAACCUACGUUACAUCCAGUAAUACCGCUUAUACCUCAAACAAUACCACUUCCAGAUUCACCAAUACCGCCUAUGACUAUACCAACACCACUUCCAGGUCCACCUAUACCGCCUAGGCCUAAAUCAACACCACUUCUAGAUCCACCAAACCCGCUUCAGCUACCUAAAUGUAAUAAUCCCAAAUUACAGAAGUAUAUUGACGCAAUGUAUCUCGAUCAAGUAAUUAUUACAUUUAAAUACAAUUUCUCACCAAUCUUGCCACUCUAA